AUGUCCUACGUGUCCCCCGUGUCCCUUGUUUACGCUUUCACCAAGCCCGGGCUCGAGGCCGGGCUCGAGGCCGGGCUCCAGGCCGGGCUCGAGAGAUGGAGGGUGCAGGAGGGGUCUGAGGGCCGAGUCGGAGGGGAGGUCUGGAAAGUCGGCAAGUGUCUCCAGGUGUACGAGCGGGAGGGUCGAGGCGUACCGCGGUGGGUAGGAGCGGGCUAUGUCACUUGGAAAGUAGCGGAGCCAGGCGAGGGGGAAGACGGAGGUUGGGGCUGA